CACGGCAAAAUGAGCCUGCUGUCUGCCAUCGACACGAGCGCCGCCUCGGUGUACCAGCCAGCCCAGCUACUCAACUGGGUCUACCUGUCGCUUCAGGACACACACCAGGCUAGUGCCUUCGAUGCCUUCCGGCCCGAGCCGCCCGCCCGCGCCGCACCCCCGGAGCUGGCCUUCGGCAAGGGCCGCCCGGAGCAGCUGGGUUCUCCCCUGCACUCCAGCUAUCUUAACAGCGUCUUCCAGCUGCAGCGCGGAGAGGCGCUGAGCAGCAGUGUGUAUAGGAAUGGUUCACCCUACGGCUCCCUCAACAACAUCGCUGAUGGCCUCAGCUCCCUCACGGAGCAUUUCUCAGACCUGACACUCACCUCCGAAGCCCGCAAGCCCAGCAAGCGGCCUCCUCCGAACUACCUGUGUCACCUGUGUUUCAACAAAGGACACUACAUUAAGGAUUGCCCUCAGGCACGCCCCAAAGGUGAGGGUCUGACACCGUACCAAGGCAAGAAGCGCUGCUUUGGCGAGUACAAGUGCCCCAAAUGCAAGAGAAAAUGGAUGAGCGGGAACUCCUGGGCCAACAUGGGGCAGGAGUGCAUCAAGUGUCAUAUCAACGUGUACCCGCACAAGCAGAGACCCCUGGAGAAGCCCGAUGGCCUGGAUGUGUCUGACCAGAGCAAGGAGCACCCACAGCACCUCUGCGAGAAAUGCAAGGUCCUGGGCUACUACUGUCGUCGUGUGCAGUGACCUUGGCCACCACUGUAGCAUCCCUCAGCUGCCACCUCCCUGUGGUGCCCAAAGGGCUGAAUGUCCCCAUACUUGAGGAGAUAUCACAGGCCUGUGGGCUUAAGCAGAGGAGGCUUAUGUCCUCUUCUCACGUGCUAACAGAGUAGCUGACAUACUCCCAACAGGGUGCAGACACAGGAGGCUCAGAGACUCUUCAUCUUAGGCCUGGGCUCUGUAGAAGGACAGAGGCUAGCAGGGUCUUGAUGUUCCUGCAAGCUCUCCUCCUGAGUGUCUUUGGGGCCAAGUGACCUUGCAUCCGCCACAAGUACACUAAGAUCCUGUGGCCUGUGGGAAGUUCUCCCUCCAAUACCAGCCAGGCCCUAUCCCACCAGCACCUUGCAGCUUGCCUCGUAUGAAAAACCACUCUAGGAAGUCCCAUGUCAUUCCUGAUCUGUGGCCACAGUGGGCAGUCACUUGUUCUAGCAGCUACCAAGGAGUGGCCCUCUGUCCCUGCCCACACUGAGUCCCUAAUCUGACUAGCCCUGAUAUCACUGCAUUGCACCUGGUAGCUAAACCCAGCCUCCCUCUGCCAAUGAGACAGGUAGGCAGAGGGUGAGGCAAGGGGGACAUUGAACAGUAACCAGUGUGCCAAGACAUCCUAGGGACAUCAGGCAUCACCACUUCCAUGACCUUCCCCAGAGUGUCCUGUAGGCUUGGGUUCUGUCAGCUGCUCUCUCUUUACCCUUAGCUUCCCACCCAUGUCAGGGAUGCCACCCCACAAAAGCUGGAAGGCUGUUCUGGCAUGAAGGAUGCAGGCCUUGGCAUUCGGGAGCUGCUUUCUGCCACUUGGGGCAAGGUCAUCUAUCGCCAGCCUUAGUUUCCCCAUUAGUUAAGUGACAAAGUGCCACCAGAAAGCAAGAGGUCCCAGUGAUCUCUGACAUUCUAGAAGAGAGCAGGCUGCCUCUGGAACAGAGUGUCACUGGGGGUGGGGGUAGGGGGUGGGGGGAGACUUAUCUCUAGACAUCCAGGUGCACUGCCCUCCGACCUCUGUCCUGAUAGCCAUUUAGGAUGUCAAGCUGAGUGAUGCCAGGACCUCUCCUACAGCCCUCCCUGCCUGAGGUUCUCAUCCCCUGAGAAGACAAAAGAUGAUCCCUCCCCCUCUUCCUCCUCUUUCUCCUCAACCCCUCACACUGGGCAAGCCUAAAAUGAGCCACAGAACCUCUCCUUUGGAAACUGAGGAUAGAGAUUUUCUACUUCCUUAGGGGGCAGAGAGAUUUCCUGGCAUGUCACAUGGUCCCAGGAUGGCUGUUGUCUUGGCCAGGGUCAGCAGUGUCCCCCCUACCCUGUGACAAGCCACACCUCUCUUGUCUUUCUCCUCUUCACCAGCUGCCAGAACUGAGUUGCUUGACUUUGCCCCAUACUAUGCUUCUAUGGAGAGAGAGAGAAAAAAAAAAUCAGACCAUGAAAUAGGCCUGAAAUUCAUGUUUACAUAUGGUGCCCAGUUGCCCUUUGUUUUCAAAUGAAAAAGUUUUGUACGAUUGAGGAGUCAUAUGAAGUGUUAAGCAAGGGUCCAGGGGGUAAGUGGAAGAGAUGGUUGUGUGUCUGCAGCAGCUAGCUGCAGGGUAGAUUUUGAAGAACAUACCCUCUGAGCACUUAACAAAGGUAUUAUCUGUGGCGGCCCAGACUACUAGCUGCCAUCGAAUGGUGGCAUGCUGGACUGCAGACGGUGAGCACCCAGCACCCAGGAUUCUCCAGUCUUGCUGCUGCACUAGGGCUGCCCGAUGCCAAACUUCCUGUCGCUAGGAAAGGGCUUUUUCUGUCAGUCAUCCCACCAGGACUCUAAAGAGAACAUUCACAGCAAUGGACAGUGUACGUGUGUCCCAAGUGAGGACAAGUUGGGAAUAGGUAACUGAGUCAAAGAUGCAAAGAGCUUGCGACGGUCUUCAGAAAGCCAGGGCCAGUAGGAGGUGAGCUAUUAGCCUAAAGGGCCUAGACUGAUGUCUGUGUACAGCCAGGCCCUGCUCACCCGGGGCAGCCCCUCCCUGGCCCUGCCUUGCAAUGCUUUGGCUGAACUUGUGAUUUUCCUGAGGCUAGCAAAAGAUACCACUAUCAAGGCUGGGUGCUGGGAGAGUUAAUGCUCAGAGGGCCUAGGAGCCCAGGGGACAGGAAAGUGUAUGGUUGUAGUACAUUCAAAAGGGACAAUCGCUUGCAGUGGGUAGAUCUAGCGAUCUAGUUGAGAGAGAAUGGUGUUUACCCCAUACGAAGUAUUCAAUAGCUCUACUUGUGAAUUUGUAUUUAUUUUGAGUUAUACUUGACACAGAAUUUUUUUUUUUAAAAAAAUGCUAUGUGUGUAUUUUGGGGAAAAAAUCAUAGAUGUUAAAAUUUCUGCAUGGCUACCAGUUUUUCUUUGGACAUGGAACUUGGUAGCUCCCUCCCAGCCCCCAAAUUCUUCAUAGUGAGUUUGUUUGUAUAUAUUUGAGGGUCUUUUUAAAAAAAAAGAAAAGAAAAAUAUUAUAGCUUGAUACUAUUGAAAUUGAAAACAACAAAAAGGCAUGUUUUUAAACGUCAGUGCUUUUGAAAGCACAAUCCAUAACAAACUGAUUUUUAGAUGUAUUUUGCAAGUCUGGUCGAGCUAUAAGUAGAUAUUUAUGGUGAGAACUUUUCCUUUUUUUUCUUGUUAUUUUUUCUAUGCUUUGGUCUGUAAAAAGUAUGCAACUGAACUACAUUAAGAAGGAAAUAUUAUCUACAUAGAAUUAUUAUAUGAAGCUGGUACAUAAUUCUAACGAAAAAAAUCUUUGCAAUCUUUUAAGCUAUGUUUUUUUUUUAAAUUUCAUUUUCCUUGGAUGAAAAUAUCAGUAUUAAGCAGCCAGUAUAUUAUUCAAGUGUUUAGACUUAUUAAUAUGCUCUUGUCCUGUAUUUAUACAUUUAUGUAUUUUUGGAAGUAUUGCCUUUUUAAGGGAAGUUAUCAAUGGACAACACGGUAAAAAGGGAACAGCGAUCCUUUGUGCCUCUUCCACUGAAGAUGACAGGUGGUAUUGACUCUUGUCUCCUGCAUCUUUGUAUUAUUAUCUUGUUAUCACAGUUUUAUUAACUUUUAGGGGAAGGGCAGGGAGUGGACAAGGGAAGAGGACUCAUCGGUUGAACAGACCCUUUGGUCUGUGAGCCCAAUGGCCUUGUCAAGACCCAAGGAGCUACACGAACACCCAAGGCAGGCUUCCUCCUUGUCCCAGCCCUGCCUGGAAGCCCCCCUGCUCUUUGAUCUUGGAUCUGUCCACUAAGCCCUCACACCUGCCCUCUAGCUCUAAUGGACUUGAAUUUACUUUAAAGUCUAAUCCAACCUCACUACAAUGUAACCAGUGCAACAACUAAUACUGAAGUAAGGGGUGUUUGCAGCCUUCUGGGAAGUGGCAGUGAGAUUCAUCCUUUGCUCUUGUGGUCAACUUCCCUGUAUCAAUCCCUGCACCCCUGUGUGGUGACCCUGUCCAUGUCUGUAUCUGUUCAUGUGUAUGCACUCAGCUAAAAAGACAAACAGAACCCGUGAGCCACGCCUGGAGGGUGCAUGGAGAAGGUUCCUCGCUUCCCCGAAAGGGCCGGCCUUGGGGUGGCAUUCCGUUGUGUGCCUUAUUCCUGGAGACUCUAUAUAAAGCUUGCCUAUGAGAAUAUAGCCUUUCUGUGCUGUAUUAAAAGGACUUUGGAAAGAUG